AUGGGUGCUGCGUCGACCGGAGACAACAACGGGAGAGCCGAAGAGCAGGUUGAGACCCAGGAGAUCAAACACACCAAGGCUCGCUACGCUUUAAUUCUCAUUGCUGCUUUCAUGAUCAACUUCAUAGUUGGUGGGUUGCUCUUUGGCUAUGGCGUGUACCAAGCUCUUUAUGAGACUAUGAUACAAGAGGAGGGGUCGCCCUUCUUCGGUGCCACAUACGCCGAAAUAGACCUCAUUGGUAGCGUCUCGGUGUCCGUCAUGAUGAUGGGAGCACCCUUCGUUGUAGCAUGGGUGAAGAACUCCGGUCCCAAGCUUGCCAUCUGUACCGGUGGUAUUCUCUUCGGGUUAGCCCAUGUGCUGGCAAGUUUCGGAACCGCCCUUUGGCAUUUCGAACUGUCCCAAGGCCUGCUCUUGGGUGUUGGGUGUUCUCUCUCAUUCCUGCCCUCAAUGACUGUUGCACCAACAUGGUUUGACAAACACAGAGGCCUGGCUGUUGGCUUUGUGUCUGCUGGCACUGGUGUUGGUGGUCUUGUGUGGGCACCUGCCAUAACAGCAGCCGUCAAGGCGAUCGGGUUCCGUAACACUCUACGCAUGACUGGUGCCCUGUCGGCAUUCUUGAUCGUUUUGUCUGGGAUGUCUCUUAGCUGGGAGCCAUCCAUGGCUGCCCACCUGCGCGAGGAGAAUGCGAAGGACGCCCAUCGAACAGGGUUUUGGCGGAUUCCCUUGCCGACAUGGGAGACUGCCAAGCAGCGAAAGUUUGUGGCUCAGGUUCUUGGCACCUUCUUCCAGAGCGCAGCCUACUACACACCGGUCUUCUUCACAGUUUCUUAUGCCAAGACCCUGGGCUUCAGUGACUCUGAUGGUGCGAACCGGACUGCCGUUGCCAACGCAUGCAAUGCCAUAGGCAAGAUCGGCGUCGGUUUCGUCGCAGAUAGGAUCGGACGGCUUAACUCCUUUUUCCUUACGACACUCCUCAGCGCUGUUAUGACCUUGGGACUGUGGGUCUCGAGCACUCUAUCUGGUGAACAUGAUGAGCACACCGCAAGAGGACUCUUCAUCGCGUUCACGGUUUUGUAUGGCUUGUUUGCGAGCGCGUAUGUCAGCCUCUUCACGCCAUCGCUGGUAGAGUUGUUUGGUAUGAGAGAACUGCCACGGGUCGCCGGGGUCAUGUUCAUGGCUCAGGGCACUGCAUCUAUGAUCGGAACACCCGUUGCCGGCGUAUUGACUCGGGGCAAUGAAGCCACAAAAACUUCCGAAGACUAUCUCGGAAUGGCGGUUCUCGUCGGAGGGUUAAUGUUUGCUGCUGCUGCUUCUGUGGCUUGGGUGAGACUGGAGGUGACAUGGGACCGGGCAGGUGGCCAAAAGCGGUGGAAGUGGAAAUUGUAA